CUUACGCAGCUGUGAACAAAUGGCCUGGUCCAUCAUACGAAACCAUCGCAAUUUGAGUACCAACAGUCAUGAAGUGCGUCGGAAAAUCGAAGGAAUACAGGAGAAAUUCGCAGUCGACAAUAAUCUCGAGUAUGCUGAACAUCUGGGGCGCCUGUGUGAUGAGAUCAUACAACAUCCACUUUGUGUGGAACACUAUGAAGUUGAUGUACAUUGGUCUUUGCUUGAUUUUCUUCUGACGCUUGCCUGCAAUCCUACAGGUGCUUUGCGUCGCAAUAAGGAAAAAAUUGAUAUAUUAUUGCAGGAGCACAAUGAGAUAGCUCAAGCCGAAUGUUUGGAGAGCGAGAAUGACCAUUGGAAGAAAGUGCUGCAAGAAGACUUUAUACCACUUGAGCGUUUCAACAAAAGCUCUUCCGAUUUAAGCUCUUGGUCUGAUGAAUCAUCAGAAGAGUUGCUUGCUACUUGCACAGAAGCGGAAAUCGUAUCGCAAACUUCUCACGAACUUCCGGAAAAUCCGCGACCUCCCCGAGGAAUGGAAAACAUUAAACCUCCUCAAAAAUCGCUUCCCUACUACAAGUAUGAUGGCUCAUCAGCAGAGCAGCGACUACUAAGUACGGUGCAGCAUUCUUGGUGGGAGAAAGGUAUUAGAACAGUACAUCCUCAAAUCGAAAGCACAAACAAGGAAGCGAAUUUCGCUUUAGAAUAUCAUCGACAAUUAAAAUCUUCAACCAGCCAUCGCAUACGUGGGGAACCCGAAACAGCUACAGAAUAUAGUUUGAUGCGUGAAAUAUUUUGGAUGUUUCAAGUGCCGUUAACGUGCAAAUUUUUUUACGUAAAUGAAGAAAAGAUUACAAUUAGAAAAAAUGUGACCUUGACCAGUACAAGACCGGUUGCUAUUGGUUCAAUGCUGGAGGAACAGUUUUUGCCUUAUAUUCGCAUGAUGCAUGACCUACGCAACUUUAAUAAACUCAUAUAUUCCUCCGAUGAUUAUACACCGCCAAACACACUAGAACAUUAUGCGGCCAGUUUGGAACUGCUACUAGCACCAAUAUGGAAUGAGUUGCUUGCCUGCGAGAGAGAUCUACUGCUGCAACGGAAUUGCGAAAUCAACACUGUUAUUAGAUUUCAUCAUAAACUUCGUCCUACAUUUGCUAAACUUUCAUAUCUGCAUAACAUACACCAGCAAGCAGUACAGAAUAUACGCCAAUUACCGGCACAUAUUUCCAGCGUUCAUUUAUUGGCUGCUUUAAUACACAGCAACAGAAUUGCAACCACUGCAACUGAAGCUAAUCUAGCAAUGUCCCUAUUUCUUGCCUCAGUGAAAAUAUUUUUGAUUAUUGCAGACACCUGGUGGACAGAAGGUCGUUUAGAUGAUUGGCAUAAUGAGUUUAUUAUCGAACGGGUAAACGAACAGGGGCAAAGUAUACGAAUCCGAGAAUUCGUUAAGAAUAAGGAGAAAGCAUUUUUCGUGCCAACGCAGAUCUCCAAAAUGAUAACUGAAAAUAGUUUUUUCCAAAUGCUGCUGGAACAUUCACUUGAAGCUGGUUGUACACUUAAUCUUUUAUAUGAAAUCAAUCGUAUAGGUGAGUUGCGCAGCGCAUGUGAUGCAAUUGAAGGCAAAUUGUAUGCUGUAUUCAUCGAUGAUGUACUUAAAUAUGUACGCAUUUUACAAAAGCAAAUUAUUGAGGCUGUAAGGGAGGCCAAAGAAAAUAAUAGACUGGAAAUUGGAGGCGAUAGCACGCUUAGAAAUGAUAAUCACGAUGAAGUUGACAAGGCGUGUGAUGAUGGUGUAGGGGAUGUUCCAAAAGAGGUAGCAACGGAAGAGAGAAAGGCAGAUGUUUCAAAUAAUUCUCAUGUAGAUGAUGAAGUACUGCAAAAACUCACUACAAAUGAUGACUUCCUGCUGCUGGCAUUUACUAUGAAUAUGAAUUUGACUGAGCCCAACGAAAAAGUUGGCGAUCAAUGUGAUGCACGGGUAAAGUAUGCUGAGAAAAAUGAGGAACCCACUGCUUUAGAAAUCUUCGAGCAAUUUGAAGAUUCUAAGCAUAUACUACCGCUAGAAGAAGUGGUUUUAAAUGCUUUGAGUCGAAUACUCAAGACCCGUAUAGCAUUCGCAAACUCAUUCGUGAUGCGUUUGUAUAGUGAAGAAUUUGACAUUUUAAAACAUUUGCGGAAUAUACGUAAAAUAUAUUUGCUAGAAGCGAGUGAUAUUAUGCAUCAGUUCUACAAUAAGCUGUUCAAGCAGAUCGAGUCUGGCGAUGAAUGGGCUAAUGCCUUUUUACUUACUACCCAAUUGGAUGAUAUAAUUAGUACUAAAUUUUCUGAUAUGUCUUCACUAUUUCGUAUAGAGAUCAAUUCUGCGUUUCGUUGUCAAACCGUCAAGGUCUAUGAAGCUGUUGAUGAGUUAGCUUUGUCGUAUAAUUUAAGCACAGAAUUAGCACAUAUGAUCAAACAAGAAGAUUUAGAAGCUUAUAACAAAGUGUUUCGCUUCUUACUCAAAGUCAAAUGGGGUCUUGCGACUCUAGAAAACUUACCAUUUCCACGAUCGCACAAGCGUAAAAUGCCUUACGCGCCAUUCGAAAUGGUCGAUUUGCUUAUGCGUCGCUUAGAACAGCUACGCUUUUGGAUGUUAUUUGCUAUACAAAGCAUACAUUUUCAUUUAAUGACACAUGUGCUACAGUCAAUGGGUGAGCAGUUGGAUGAAAAGAUUGUAAAAUGUACAAAUCUUAAAGAAAUGGUUACUGUGCAUCGCUCGUAUAUGAAUACGGUAUGUGAGCAUUGUUUUCUAGCAGAGAAUUACAGUUCGUUGAAACUAGGCGUUGAGCAGCUCUUAAAUUUGGCAUACAUUUUACGCUUGGAGUGGAAUAGUUGUGUAAAAUAUAUUGAAUCAAACAGCAAUCCCUUGGCGAUAGUGGACCUCAACGACAGUACUGAUGAGGCCGAUUAUGUUACAAACUCGCAGAUCGAUGCCAUCGAGUUGACAUACAUACGCUGUCAUCAAUAUUUGGCAAAUAAAUUGAAUAAUGAGGUGUAUAUAAAGCACAAUGCAUUUUUGCUGGGGCUUAGUACCGCAUUCAAUACAAGUUUGCCAUAUUAAAAUGGAAUACAUUUUCAUUUUUAUGCAGUGUUUUAGUUGAAUCAUAAGUUAUUGUUGAAAUUUUCAAAACAUUAAUUAAUGGAG